AUGGUUUCACAAGUUGAAGAACUUAAAACAAAAGCAAAUGGUGCUUUUGCAGCUGGGAAAAAUGAUGAAGCAAUUAAUUUGUAUACUCAAGCAAUAGCACUUGAUGAGAAAAAUCAUGUUCUUUAUAGUAAUCGAUCAGCUGCAUAUGCUAAAUCUAAUAAAUAUGAAGAAGCAUUAAAAGAUGCUGAAAAAUGUGUUACACUCAAACCGGAUUUUGUUAAAGGUUAUUCUCGGAAAGGUGCAGCAUUAUCAUUUCUUAAACGAUAUGAUGAAGCAAUUAAUGUUUAUGAAGAAGGUCUUAAAAUAGAUCCAAAUAAUCAACAAUUAUUAACUGAUCUUGAAACAGCACGUAAAGAUGCAACUGGUGGAUUAAAUUUUUUUAAUGAUCCACAAUUUUUAACACAACUUAUGACAAAUCCAAGAGCACGAGAACUUUUAAAAGAUCCUGAAACAGCUAUGCUUAUGAAAAUGAUGCAACAAAAUCCAAAUAAUCCAUCACUUUUAAGUAAUCCAAAAAUAAUGAAAUUACUUGGUAUUGUACUUGGCAUUGAUGUUGGAGAUGAAAAUGAUCUUAAUUCAAAAAUGGAAAGUGAAAGUGCAGCAAGUUCAACAAAAAAAGAAACAAAUACUUCAACAACAAAACCUACAACAUCGAAUACAACAACAACAACAACUACAAAUAAAAAACCUGAACAAACUAAAACUACAACAACUAAUCAAACUCCAGCCGAAAUAGAAAAAGAAAAAGGAAAUGAAGCAUAUAAAAAAAAAGAUUUUGAAACAGCAUUAAAUCAUUAUAAUAAAGCAACUGAACUUGAUCCAAAGAAUAUGACUUAUUAUACAAAUAGAGCUGCUGUUUAUUACGAACAAAAACAAUGGGAUGAUUGUUUAAAAGAAUGUCAAAAAGCUAUUGAAAUUGGACGUGAAAGUAAAGCAGAUUAUAAAAUAAUUGCAAAAGCUUAUGCUCGUAUGGCUAAUGUUAAAACUCAAGAAAAAGAUUAUGAAGCUGCUAUAAAAUAUUAUAAUCAUUCACUAUCAGAACAUCGAAAUCCUGAUAUAUUAAAGAAAAAACAAGAAAUUGAAAAAUUACUUAAAGAACAACAACAAUCAGCUUAUGUUAAUCCUGAAUUAGCUGAAGAAGAAAAAAAUAAAGGUAAUGAAUAUUUUCAAAAAGCUGAUUAUCCAACUGCACUUAAACAUUAUACUGAGGCUAUUAAACGAAAUCCAAAUGAUGCUAAACUUUAUUCAAAUCGAGCAGCUUGUUAUACAAAAUUAGCGGAAUUUCAAUUAGCAUUAAAAGAUAGUGAAGAAGGCAUUAAAAUUGAUCCAAAUUUUCUUAAAUGUUAUCUUCGUAAGGGUCAUGCUUUAAUGGCUAUGAAAGAUUUUGGUCAAGCAAUGGCUACAUUUGGUAAAGCUCUUGAAAUUGAUCCCAAUUGUCAAGAAGCUGUGGAUAGUUAUCGACAAUGUUCAGUGAAAUCAGAUGAUGAUCCUGAAGAAGUUCGUAAACGAGCAGCUAAUGAUCCUGAAAUUCAACAAAUUCUUAGUGAUCCUGGUAUGCGUUUAAUUCUUGAACAAAUGCAAAAUGAACCACAAGCAUUACGAGAUCAUUUACGUAAUCCUGCAAUUGCACAAAAAAUUCAAAAAUUAAUUGAUUCUGGUAUUAUUGGUAUUCGUCAUGGUUAA